CGCCGGCGGCACUGCAGCCCCCUGCUAUACCGCGCUGUAUGUCUCCUCGGCGUUCAUUCACUAGAAGAUGGCGGACUGCGCUCCACUAUUAGAUGAGGAACUCUCGUCAUUCGUCUUCAAUUACCUGACGGAGAACCCGGACAGCCAGUAUGGGGAGGAGGAGGUGUGCUCAGACCGCCUGGACACCGACUUCCCGGACAUCGACCUUUCUCAGCUGGACACCAGCGACUUUGACAGCGUCAACUGUCUCGGCGAGCUGCCCUGGUGCAGCGACCAGGUUUCGGACGCCUCGCCCGCCUCCAUCCACUACAGUACAAACGACCAGCUGUUUGAGAUAGAGGAGGAGAAUGCGGCCCUUCUCGCCGCUCUCACCGACAGCCUGGACGGGAUGGUGGAUGCCGAAGUGGGCGGGCUCUCCGUCUUCCCCGCCCUGGGGGAGGAGCCGGGGCAGGACGAGGAAGACAAGGACCGACUUUCUCUGAGCGCCGACGACUUCGGGCGUUCGCCGCGGGCCGAGAUGGACAGCCCUUCUCUCCUGGAGAAACUCCUGCUGACUCCGCCCAACGUGCCCGCGGGGAAAGAUGGGCAUCGCUAUAGCAACAAAGGAUGGCGCCUGCGGCCUGCGCGACCCCAGGCGAAGAUGGACCCCUUUCAGGAGCGGAAGCCCCGGGCGGUGCGUCCGGCGGGCCGCCUGUGCACCGAGCUCCACCGCCACCUCACCACCACGCGCAGCACGGAGGAGCCUCGGGCGGCCGACACGGAGGAGGACGAGGAAGACGAGGACAGCGAGUCGGAGGAGGACGACGAGGAGGAGGAAGAGGAGGAGUCCUCCACCAGCGAGGCGGAGGGCGCGGCAACCACCACCACCGCCGAGCCUCAGUUCAGCUCGGAGAAAGAACUCCACUCGGUGGUGGCGCUGAUCACGUACAUGCACACGUACUGCAUGCCGGCGCGCAAGCAGCAGGGUCUGGACCGCAAGGACCCGCCCAGACCGCGGGCUCGACCCGACGCCCUCCGCCCGCCCGCCACAAACUCUCACAGCCGUUUGGUCCUGGUGGAGACCCCGGUGACCGGCGGGUGCGCCACCAGGAGGCUUCCCUUCGUGAGGCGGCGGGAGGUGAAGGCCAACUCGCUGCUCCGUGACCUCCUGCAGCAGAGGAGCUCUUUUGACGUGAGCAAGCCUUACAGACUGCUCAGCCCGCCGUACACCCGAGGAAGAGGAGGAGCCAACACCCACACGCCCAGCUCCGCCCCCGUUAAGCAGGAGAAAGACUCCCCCGAGAGGAGACGACACUCCUACGAGGCGGCGAAGAACCCGGCGGAGGACGGCGCCUCCUUCUCGGUGCGGCGCUCCAGGCGUCUGGCCUCCUUCCCCAGCCGCUUCGCCAAGAGGCUGCGGCCCGAGCGGGCGAGGGAGGGCGACGGGAUGACGGAGAGAGAAGACGGCCCGGCGGCGACCAAGCUCUCGCCGACGCAAGCCGGUGGUGGGACCACCACGGAGGCGCAGACGGAGAAGCCGCAGCGAGGCGACCCGGCGGAGGCCACCGAAAUCUCCUGCCACAGUGAAAAGCGAGCCUGCCUGUGUCUGCCUCUCAACGCCAGCAAGUCCACAGGAGAGUUCAGCACUAAGAGCUUCGAGCAGACGCUCAGCAUGGACCUGUGCGGAACUGCAGGUCUGACCCCGCCCACCACGCCGCCCCACAAACCCGUGGAGGACGAACUCUUCAAGCCGGCAGAGGCCGCAAAGGGCGGCGGCGGCGGCGGCGAGGGCGGCACCAAAGGCUCCUGGCUGAGCCGCGCUCACCAGCGGAAGCUUCCGGAGCAGACGGAGCUCUACGCCCAGCUGCGCCGGAUGGGCCAAGCCGGCGACGGCGACGCCUGCCACGGCUUCGGCGACCACGACUACUGCGCCCUGAGCCUCGGGGAAAGCCGCAAGCGAAGCAUCGCCAUGCUCGGCGCCAUGCUGCAGGCGCCAGGGGAAGCCAAAGCGGGCACUGAGGCAACCAGAGAGGACGACGGCGAGAGUCCGGAGGUCACGGAGCCUCAGGAGCGGCAGGAGAAAGUGCAGACGUCACCGCCGCCGCCGCCGCCGCCUGGCUGCCAGUUGCCGGACGCCACGCCGCCGUCAUCCGAGGAGGAGGCGGAGCGCUCGUCUGGAUCCCGCUCGCCCUCCCCGACUCUCCAUCUGUGUCCCGACUCUCCCGCCAGCAAGACGGACUCCAGUGAAAACUCGGAGGUCUGCCCCGACGAGGAGCAGCGGAGCAGAGCCAAUUCUGACGAGGAGAACUGUCAGGUGUUCUACAUCCACAACCUGCCCAGCAGCAUGACCCAGAGCAUGCUGAGGAAGCGCUUCCAGGUCUUUGGCAAGGCGGACGACUGCAAAGUCAUCAUCUGCAACGAGGAGCGCUGUGGGGUCAUAAAGAUCCGGCAGUCCGGGAUUCAGAGACACCGGAGGGAACGUGAGAAUGUCUUCCAGAGCGCGCAGGCCACCCUGAGGAGACUGGCGAGGAAACGCUACAUAGACCUCGACGAGGCGGGUCCAGGUCCCAUCAAGAGCAAGUACGACGCACUGGACUUUGACACUCUGCUGAAGGAGGCCCAGAAGUCUCUGCACCGCUGACCGUCCAGCCUGAGUCACGGUGCCCUCUCAACAGGCUCCGCUCCUUCUGGACACGCCUCCCGGUAACCUCCUUGCACGGCGACCUCGCAAAGAUGUUUACAUUUUUAACCAUUGGAAUAACGCAACAAGAAGAAGCUUUUUUUUUUUUCGUUAAAAAAAACAACAAAAAAACAGGAGGAUUCCGCUCAUCACGGAGGAGGAGAGACAAUGGCGGGAACGGAACUUUCUUAAGAGUAACGCCGCAAAGCUGCUUCCUGUCUGUGUUGGUGACAUCAGCGCCUGAGAGACCUCUGUAGCGAGUCUUUGCUAAUGUCACGUCGGUCCUCGUGGUGUGUUUCUCUGCGCGUGCGUGUGUGCGUUCUUUGUGUGUGUUCUCUGUUCUCUUUGUUUGGUCAAAAGAAAAUAGCGGGGGAAGGAGGGAGGGGGGGUAACUUCCUGUUUCCGGGUCGCACGCAAGCGGGUGAAGCGAAACUGCAAUCUAGACGUGGAAGGGGGGAAAAAACAACAACAAAAAAAGACCCGCUUUGUUGGAUGUGUACAUUUUACAGAAUCGUCGCGCGUGUGUGUGUGUGUGUGUGUGUGUGUGUGUGUGUGUGUGUGUGUGUGUGUGUGUGUGUGUGUGUGUGUGUGUGUGUGUGUGUGUGUGUGUGUGUGUGUGUGCGUGUGUUACGGACUAAGAAUAUAACGUUUAAUGUAAUCGGGUGGUAAAGUUUACAAUUCUAAAAUGAAGAAGAAAAACAAUGUUUUUUUUCUUUUUUGUAACUGUAGUGCUUCCUUGAUUUGAUCUAUGCACUGUCAGGAGGUUUCCGCUUGCCUCCUCUUUAACGCCCCGCCGCCGCCGCCGCUUAACUCACGCCCAGCUUUUUGCGGAGGCGCCCCCUGCUGGCCACUGCGUGUCGCCCCCUGCUGGCCACUGUGGGUCAUGCGCGCCACACAAAGACUUCCGACCGGGACGUGGGAACAUUAACCGAUUCCGAUGUUUGGGGUGAUGAUUACAUUCUCCAUUCAAACCGAUUCUCGCAGUAUUUGGCGUAAUAAUUAUAAUGAAACUUUUUCAAAACAACACACAGGUUAGAAAAGCAUGUAGAUAGCCAAAAACAUAUUUAAUUUUUUUAUUUUUUUAUUUCAUUGAAUUUAAAUUUUUUGUCCAAUUUAGAUAGAAGGUGAGUAGAAAUCGCGAUUCGGAUGUCAAUCCAUUUUUUUUUUUUUUUUUUUAAUGCAGAUAGGCGAACAUGGUGGGAAUGGUUCAAUCAUACCGCCCCCUGCUGUUUCGGAGUCUUUAAGGUAAAAUUCAAAGUCUUUAAGCCAUGAUUGAUUUAUGACAUUUAGCAUAUUUAUGAGUGAUAUUUGCUAAGUUAGGAGGUUUCCUUAGCUGUGUCGAUACAGGAGGAAAAUAAGCAACACCCAAAAAUGCCGAUUUUUACUCUCAAACUCAUUUUUAUUGUGAGCCUCAUCACACUUAUGGUCGUCCCUCGCCAAAUCGCGCUUCAAAUAUUGCAGCUUCUCUACUUCACUUUUUUUUAAAGUGUAUUCCACUUUUUUUUUUUUUUUCCUAAAUUUAGCACUUUUAUUUAUAAGCAUGACUAAAUAAACUAAAGGCAUCAAUUCUACAUGACUUUUGGCCAAACCAAUCAGAGUGCACCGUUCAGUAUCGUGGCCAGUGAUUGGCUCAGCGUUAUUAUAUGGGCUAAAACCUUUUUGACCCCGGGGCCCGACUUUUCCUCUACAGAGGGGGUCGGGCCCCACUCAAAUUUUAGCACCAAAUUAGUAAUGUUACAUAAUAAAAUAUUCAAUAAUAUCUAACAGUUUACCAGGAUAAAAUAUGAAAACAUGAGUUAAUCGUAAAGAUUAUUAUCAACGCUUAAGUCAGGCUGAUUACAAUAAUAAAUACUAAGAAAAUAACCUGCAAAAAAAUAUGAAAAGUAAAUUAACACACAAUUAUGCAGUCCUAAAAAUUAAUCAGUUCUAACCAAAUUAUUAAUAAAUAAUAAUGAUGAUAUAUUUGAAGAAUUGUCAUUAAAAUAUAAUUGCAAAUGAAAAUACAGCUUCACCACUUUGGUCAUCAUUUUUGCGCUUAAGAAACUUCUCUGGGACUUUAUCCCCAGGCUUCUUCUUUUUGUUUGAUAUUGUCAUUACUGCCACAAGUGGUGGAAAAGUGUAUUACAACAGAGUACCGCUGCGGCCCAUUCGGACCCAAGCUGAGAAAUAGAUAUUUUUGUAUAUAGACACAUAUGUAUGUAUGUAUGUGUGUACGUAUAUAUAUAAAUGUGUGUGUGUAUUAAUGUAUAUGUAUACAUAUAAACAUACAUAUAUACGUAUACAUAUAUGUACAUAUACACAUGUAUAUAUGUAUACAUAUAUAUACAUACAUAUAUGUAUAUAUACAUAUAUCUAAUUAUGUGCAUAUAUAUAUAUAUAUAUAUAUACACAUAUAUGUAUAUAUGUUUAUAUACACAUAUAUAUGUAUAUAUAUAUACAUAAAAAUAUGAGUAUAUAUACAGUAUAUAUAUGUAUAUAUGUACAUAUGUGUAAAAAAAAAAAAAGAACAUAUAAAAAUAUUUGAUCUGUUAUUAACGAUUUUUACUUUGUGGUCAUGUCCGGAACCAAUUAACAGUGAUAAACGAGGGACGACUAUAAUCUCCAUGUAAUAUUAUUACACAAUUGCUACUUUUUGAUGAUUAUCAUAUUAUCUGCCAACAAACUGAUCGAAAAAAUUGCUUCACAAGGAGAUAUUAAACUUUAAAAAAAUGCUUGCAAGAGAUUUUUUUUGCAUCAAAUAAUAUCAAGUUUUGAAAAGAUGACACAAUACUUUAUUGGCACACAUGACCAGGUUUUUGCAGUCCACAUAAGGAUCGGAGUUGGACACCUGUGUUCCGAAAUAUGCAUCAUUUUACACGUUACAGUACACAAUGUUGUACUUAUAAGGCAGUAAUUACGCAACAUCGCGUCUUAGCGCCCUCCUGCCACUUUCCAAGUUACCAUAGCAACAACUAGUUAUUUACAUUUUCAAGCAGAGGAAAGAAAGGAAUGAAUAUGCUGAGAGCGAAUGCCAAACAACGAGCGACUACAGUAUGCUAAAAAAAAAAAAAAUUUUAAAAAUGAAACUUUUUUUGGAUCGUGUUCCCACUUCCUGUCUGCGGUGGUCAUGUGACCGCACAUCCCGCGGAGGCUGCAGCCCGCGGCGCUCCGAUGGGGACGAGCGACGGCGGCCUGUACGACAAAGAGAGACCACGCCCACCUCACCCGACCCCUCCCUCCUUUCGAUCCCAUCGGAAUGUAUUUGUCAUCGAGAAUGUAAAUCCGCCGCUUUUUUCCCCAUCGGUGCUCAUCGCUCGGUGCGGCCAGUCAGGGGCGCCGCGACAGCGGGGCGCGAAAGAGUCAGCAGAGCAUCUCUACCUCACAUCCGCGCGCUGAUGCUCUUGUCCUCCUCCCAUGUGGCGCGGGGCCCCGCCCCCUUCCUCGGAAGUCCGUGUCGGCGUCCUGGUGUCUGUUCGGUGUCUUCGUCUACUCGUCGGACCCCCGGGAGGGCGGGGCUCCCCAUCUAAUCAACACACACAUUGAAUGUUUACAUCACUCUCCUUUGACUUUAUUAGGAACGCACACCAAGUACAAACGCGCCUUAUUCAGUGUUUCCGAAAAGCGUACGAAAGAGAAAGCGAAUGUGCUGGUUUACAUAUUGCAAAGAAAUACUCGGUGUACAUAGCACUAUGCCUCCCGGGGGAACGCGGGGAGGGAAAUCGACUUCGUCCCUCUAGCGCUCGGUUUUCCCAGGCGACAAAAAAAAAAACAAAAUUUUUGGGAAACCCCGCUUCGGACUAUCACGCUAGAAGGUUCUAUUUCCUUCCUUGGUUUUGAAUUGUGUUGUCCGUCUGUGUUCUGAAGAAUUUGAGAUGCAAUACGACGGGGGUGUCCAAGUGGAAAAAAAAUAUUCGUAAAAGUCCAUUCCCAACAUAACAUGGGAAUGUGUCUGUAAACUUUUGACUAGUACAGUACAGAACCCCAAAACCAGUGAAGUUGGCACUUUGUGUAAAUGGUAAAUAAAAACAGAAUACAAUGAUUUGCAAAUCUUUUUUAACUUAUAUUCAAUUGAACAGACUGCAAAGACAAGAUAUUUAACAUUCAAACUGGAAAAUUUGGUGAUUUUUGGCAAAUAUUAGCUCAUUUGGACUGUGAAACCUGCAACAUGUUUCUGAAAAGCUGGCACAAGUGGCAAAAAAGACUGGAGAAGUUGAGGAAUGCUCAUCAAGCAGGGGAACAGGUGGGUGCCAUGAAGCAGCUUCAGUCAUUCACAAACAAGGAACGGGACGAGGGUCCCCACUUUGUCAAAAAAUGCGUGAGCAAAUUGUCGAACAGUUUAAAAACAACAUUUCUCAACUAUUGCAAGGGAUUUCACCAUCUACGGUCCGAAAUAUCAUCAAAAGGUUCAGAGAAUCUGUAGAAAUCACUGAAAGUAAGCGAUGAUAUUACAACCCUUCGAUCACUUAGGCGGCGCCGCUUCAAAAAGCGACAUCGGUGUGUAAAGGAUAUCACCACACAGGCUCAGGAACACUUCAGAAAACCACUGUGGGUAACUAAAAUUGGUCGCUAUAUCUGUAAGUGCGAGUUAAAUCUCUAAUAUGAAAGGCAACAGCCAUUUAUCAACAACACCCAGAAACGUCUGCGGCUCAAAUGGACUGAUGUAAAGUGGGAAAGUGUUCUGAGGUCUGAUGAGGCCACAUUUCAAAUUGUUUUUGGACACUGUGGAUGUUGUGUCCUACAGUGGUAAAAAAAAAUUUGCAAUAUUUUGCUGCUAUUAAAUUCUAAGUUAAUGAUUUUUUCCCCCCAAAAAAGUUAAGUUUCUCAGUGUGAACAUUAAAUAUCUUGUCUUUUCAAGAUAACAGGCUAAUUGGGAACAGGUGGGUGCCAUGAAGCAGCUUCAGUCAUUCACAAGCAAGGAACGGGACGAGAGUCCCCACUUUGUCAACAAAUGCCUGAGCAAAUUGUCGAACAGUUUAAGAACAACAUUUCUCAACAAACUAUUGAAAGGAAUUUAGGGAUUUCACCAUCUAGGGUCCAUAAUAUCAUCAAAAAGGUUCCGAAAAUCUGUAGAAAUCACUGCACGUAAGCGAUGAUAUUACGACCCUUCGAUCCCUCAGGCGGCGCCGCAUCAAAAAGCGACAACGGCGUGUAAAGGAUAUCGCCACAUGGGCUCAGGAACACUUCGGAAAACCACUGUCAGUAACUACAGUUGGUUGUUACAUCUGUAAGUGCGAGUUAAAUCUCUAAUAUGCAAGGCAACAGCCAUUUGUCAACAACACCCAGAAACGCUGCCGGCUAAAAUGGACUGAUGCAAAGUGGGAAACUUUUCUGUGGUCUGACGAGGCCACAAUUCAAAUAGUUUUUGGACCCUGGAAGUUGUGUCCUACAGUGGUAAAAAUUGUUAGCAAUGUUUUGCUGCUAUUACAUUCUAAGUUAACUAUUUUUUCCCCCCAAAAAAGUUAAGUUUCUCAGUGUGAACAUUAAAUAUCUUCUCUUUGCAGUCUAUUCAAUAUAAGUUGAAAAGGAUUUGCGUAUCAUUGUAUUCUGUUUUUAUUUACCAUUUACACAAAGUGCCAACUUCACUGGUUUUGGGUUUUUCUAUUUUGUGAGCUUAGCAUCUUUUGACAAAAUCCAAAUGGACGCCCCUGUGCUCUGGAAUAAAUAAAGCCGUACAGUCGGGCCGCACACAGAAACAGGAAGAAUGCGGUGCGGCCGAAGCGUGUACGUACAAACAAAAACGAAAGAAAAAACAUCUUGCACACAUGACGUCGCCUCAGCUGGCGUCGCCGUGACGCCAUGCAGCGGACGGAUUGCGGGAGGCGGAGCGAGUCGCGGCCAGGUUGACGACGUUCGAGAUGACGCUGCAGAAAUCCCAGCUUGCCUAAACGCCAACACAGGAAGUACUUUUAAUCUGUGUCACGGCACCAAUAAUAAUGAAGCUUCAACCCGACUUCCCUCUGUACUGGGUUGCUAUGGUAACUAUGACGUAAGGCGUCAACAUGUACCAGAAUAAAUCCACGUAAAAACUCAUGAAAAACACUUUAAAAAAAAACUGCCAUCACUUAUUUCAGUAAACAAAACCCUUUAAUUCCUCUAAAAAUUCCCUGAAAAGCUAUCUUGGUUGACCCACUGACGUAAAAAUCUGUAAAAAAAAGUUUGUUACUGUCGUAUUUUCCGGACGAUAUAAGCCCUACUCACUAAAUCUUACAACAAAAACACCAUUUUCCAUAUUUUAGUCGCACCUGACUAAAAGCCGCCGAUAUACACCUUGUGCAAUGAGUUAUUUACACAGAAAGAUUCUGUAAAUGUCACCUACUCAGUAGCCUGGUGGUUAAGAGCGUCCGCCCUGAGUUCAAACCCCGGCCGAGUCAUACCAAAGAGUAUAAAAAUGGCACCCAUUACCUCCCUGCUGGGCACUUGGCAUCAAGGGUUGAAAUUUGUGGUUAAAUCACCCAAAAAAUGAUUACCGGGCGCGGCCACCGCUGCUGCUCACUGCUCCCCUCACCUCCUAGGGGGUAAUCAAGGGUGAUGGGUCAAAUGCAGAGGAUAAUUUCGCCACGCCUUGUUUGUGUGUAGCAAUCAUUGGUACUUAAACUUUAAUCGUUUCAAAACGGUGUCUGUGGCAAGGCAGCAAAACGUCUGAUUGAACAAAACAGAAGUCACCGUCAUGGUCCCACUAGCUGCGAAAACUCCACGGUGACGUUUUGGUGAAUUUGUAGGUUAAUAGAAAAAGAAUGCAAGUGUAAGUUAAUAAUACUAACACAGACACCCGAAAAUGUGCUAGCAUUCUUGCUAUUACGAUAGCACGUACAAAUAUAAAUGUAAACACUGCUGCAGACAUCACACGUGACGGUUUAGCUAGUAUGAAUAGUUUUAGUGAUAUUGUAAAACGUAUAAACGUUCCUUAGAGCAGGGGUCACCAACCUUUUUGAAACCAAGAGCUACUUCUUGGGUACUGAUUUAUGCGAAUGGCUACCAGUUUGAUACAUACUUAAAUAAAUUGCCAGAAAUAGCCAAUUUGCUCAAUUUACCUUUAAUAAAUAAAUAUUUAUAUUGAAAAAAUGGGUAUUUCUGUCGUACAUUUUUGUUCCUUUUACGGAAGGUUUUUUGUAGAGAAUAAAUGAUGAAAAAAAAACUCAAUUGAACGGUUUAAACGAGGAGAAAACACGAAAAAAAUGAAAGUUACAUUUUGAAACAUAGUUUAUCUACAAUUUUGACUCUUUAAAAUUCAAAAUUCAACCGAAAAAUAUGAAAAGAAAAACUAGCUAAUUCGAAUAUUUUUUUUAAAAAUUAAAAAAUUAUUUAUGGAAUAUCAUUAGUAAUUUUUCCUGAUUAAGAUUAAUUUUAGAAUUUUGAUGACAUUUUUUAAAUAGAUUAAAAUCCAAUCUGCACUUUGUUAGAAUAUAUAACAAAUUGGACCAAGCUAUAUUUCUAACAAAGACAAAUCAUUAUUUCUUCUAGAUUUUCCAGAACAAAAAUGUUAAAAGAAAUUCAAAAGACUUUGAAAUAUGAUUUAAAUUUGAUUCUACAGAUUUUCUAGAUUUGCCAGAAUAUUUUUAUCUUAUUUUAAUUAUAAUAAGGUUGAAGAAAUAUUUCACAAAUAUUCUUUGUCGAAAAAACAGAAACUAAAAUGAAGAAUUUAAUUAAAAUGUAUUUAUUAUUCUUUACAAUAAAAAAAAUUAAAAUACCUGAACAUUGAUUUAAAUUGUCGGGAAAGAAGAGGAAGGAAUUUAAUAGGUAAAAAGGAAUAUGUGUUUAAAAAUCCUAAAAUCAUUAUUAAGGUUGUAUUUUUCUUCUAAAAUUGUCUUUCUGAAAAUUAUAAGAAGCAAAGUAAAAAAAUAAAGGAAAUUAUUUAAACAAGUGAAGACCAAGUCUUUAAAAUAUUUUCUUGGAUUUUCAAAUUCUAUUUGAGUUUUGUCUCUCUUAGAAUUAAAAAUGUAGAGCAAAGCGAGACCAGCUUGCUAGUAAAUAAAUAAAAUUUAAAAAUAGAGGCAGCUCACUGGUAAGUGCUGCUAUUUGAGCUAUUUUUAGAACAGGCCAGCGGGCGACUCAUCUGGACCUUACGGGCUACCUGGUGCCCGCGGGCACUGCGUUGGUGACCCCUGCCUUAGAGUGAUGAAUGCUAUGGAUGACUAAAAGACGUAACGGAAAUUGUACUUCCGGUUGAAAGCGCUAAACAGAAUGCCACUGCAGCACCAGGCUCAUCCAAAAGAUGGCGCUGUAGCACAAACAAUAAAACACCUGUUCAGUGUCUUAAAAACUAUUUGCAUAGGCGAAGGAAAGUCCAUAAAUUAGCCGCAGGGAUCAAAGCGUAGGGAAAAAAGUAGCGGCUAUAGUCCAGAAUAUAAGGUAUAUUAAAAAUAUGAAAAAUGCGUGCUGGGAUUUCCUGCAGCGUCUCCGGCUCGGAGGGCGGACGUCCAACAUGGCAAGCCUUAAAACCAAUAGGAGGGAUGACACAGCUGCCACUUUAGCUAUUACUCUUUAACAGCUCUCCAAUCCAAUGUGGUUUAUUCCACGUAGUAAUUCUAACUUUUUUCAAUAGCCAUAUUAUAAAAGCUAUAUACAUAUAUAUAUGAAUAUAUAUAUAUUUGUGUGUUUGUGUAGAUAUCUAGAUGAUUAUAUACUUUCUUAUAGAAAAUGUUGAUGUUUGACCAUUUUCCUCAGUGUCACGUGUUUCAGUGUAAUAAUAGCACUGUCCACCAGGGCGAGCUCCUGGCACGCUUCGGGGCAAUGAAUCCAAAUAAUAAUAAUAAUAAUAAAUAUAAUGAUACUAAUCACCACUUCCAAAGGGAAAAGACCCUCGCCAGGAUGCAAUACUUUCCACUCUUCAGUUGGGAAAAGUGUGUGGUGGGGGGGAGGUGUCAGAAAACCACAAAAACUUGACAGGCAAGUUGACCAAAAAAGACAAAAAAGAAAGAAAAAUCAAGAUGGCGGCUUUGUUGUUUUGUGUUGGCGCGCCACGGCCCGCUAAAACUUUGAUUUCUGUUUUUGUACUAUUUUCUUGUCACUUUUCAACAUUUGAACACACAAAAAAAACUUUAAAGAUGUCAAAGGAGCACUUGGUAGGCAAUUACGAAUCAACGUGAGCGGAACAAAAACACUUAAAAGGGCAAAUGUCGGUUGUGUUUUCACAUCUAAUGACUAUCAAACUCACGUGAUUCUUUUGUUUUUAUUUUUUUUGACAUAGUUUUUGUUAAAACACAAACGAGAAAAAUACUUGUAGUGAGAUUUUAUAUUUUUACAUCGGUUGCUUUUCUUUUUCUUUUUUAUUUAUGCGCCACUUAGUUUGGAUGUCUUUUAAAGGUGUUUUUUUUUUCUUUCUUUGCUUUCGUGUGAUUUUUCAUGUCUUGAGAAUGUGGAGACAUUAAAAAAAACAACAAAAAAAAAAGGCAUUUCAGUAUUUUUGAAAUGUUCAAAUCUAGUUUCAUAGAAACGGAAGUACCUGAUGUUAUAAAUUAUAUUUUGAUCCAUGUAAAUAGUUUAAAACAGAAGACUUAUAUGGCUUCUUUUUAAACUGAAUACAUUUCUCUUCAGAGAUUGUUUACAUUAUGAAACUGUAGAUACGUGCUCCUCAUAUACUGUAUAAAGUACAUAUAUUCAUUGAUUUGCCUCCAAAAAUAAAACCCUAAUGAACAGCA